AUGGCUGACGCACUUGCUGCACAACUCAGCAAUACUAAGCUGGAACCCACCCAAGAACAAAGACUGCAGGACUCAUUGAAUUUACCUCCUAAAGAUGCUCGCCCACAAACCGAGGAUGUCACUGCCACAAAAGGUCUUGAGUUUGAGGACUUUUACAUCAAACGCGAACUUAUGAUGGGGAUCUUCGAGGCUGGGUUUGAAAAGCCAUCCCCUAUCCAAGAAGAGACAAUACCAGUUGCUCUCACCGGCCGAGACAUUCUAGCUCGAGCCAAGAAUGGUACUGGAAAGACCGCCGCUUUCGUUAUUCCCACCCUCGAGCGCAUCAACCCAAAGAGCACAAAGACCCAGGCCUUGAUCUUGGUCCCCACACGAGAGCUAGCGCUUCAAACGUCACAAGUCUGCAAAACCCUUGGCAAACAUCUGGGCAUCAAUGUCAUGGUCACCACUGGUGGAACUGGCCUCAUGGACGACAUUAUGCGAUUGAAUGACGCUGUUCACAUCCUCGUGGGAACUCCUGGCCGAGUACUGGACUUAGCCAGUAAGGGCGUCGCCGAUCUCUCCGAAUGCCCAACUUUCGUGAUGGACGAAGCAGACAAAUUGCUGUCACCCGAAUUUACUCCGGUCAUUGAGCAACUAUUGUCCUUCCAUCCGAAGGAUCGGCAGGUCAUGCUCUUCAGCGCCACCUUCCCUUUGAUUGUGAAGUCUUUCAAGGAUAAACACAUGCGCAAUCCCUAUGAAAUCAACCUCAUGGACGAACUCACCUUGCGCGGUAUCACACAAUACUACGCAUUCGUCGAGGAAAAGCAAAAGGUCCACUGUCUGAACACCCUCUUCUCCAAGCUCCAAAUCAACCAGUCGAUCAUUUUCUGUAACUCGACGAACCGUGUCGAGCUUCUGGCCAAAAAAAUCACCGAGCUUGGCUAUUCUUGUUUCUACUCUCAUGCUCGGAUGCUUCAGCAACACCGUAACCGCGUGUUCCAUGACUUCCGCAACGGCGUCUGCCGUAAUCUGGUCUGCUCCGACCUUUUGACCCGUGGUAUUGAUAUCCAGGCGGUCAACGUUGUGAUCAACUUCGAUUUCCCGAAGAACGCUGAGACCUAUCUGCAUCGUAUCGGUCGUUCGGGCCGUUUCGGGCACCUGGGUCUCGCCAUCAACCUCAUCAACUGGGAGGAUCGGUUCAAUCUCUACAAGAUUGAACAAGAACUGGGCACCGAGAUUCAGCCCAUUCCUCAGAACAUCGAUAAGAAACUCUAUGUGUACGACUCUCCGGAGAACAUUCCUCGACCAAUCUCCAACCCUCCCCCUCAGUCUGGCGCUGGAUCUGUGAACAUGAACGGGGACCGACAGCCCCGGCGUCAAAAUCACCAUGGCCAACAUCAACAUGGUCAACCAGGACAAUACAACAACAGCCGGGGACGUGGGUCUUAUCGUGGCCGUGGACAAGGCCAACGUCGUGGGCCAUCGAACGACAACCGGAUGGCCUUCCAACAACCUCAGCAACCCCAACAACCUCAACAGUCUUAA